AUGGAUCCUCUUAAGCUUUCUUUCUCCAUUCUCGUUCUCUUUUUCUUCGUCGCCUCCGUUUCGUCGUCUUCUGACGGCAACGACGGUGAAGAUCUCGUGAUCCGGCAGGUGGUUGGUGGAGCCGAGCCCAACGUUCUGUCCUCGGAGGAUCACUUCUCUCUGUUCAAGAGGAAAUUCGGCAAGGUUUACGGUUCCAGCGAGGAGCAUGACUACAGAUUCUCCGUUUUUAAGGCGAAUCUCAGGCGAGCGAGGCGUCACCAGAAGAUGGAUCCGUCGGCGCGUCAUGGCGUUACUCAGUUCUCAGAUUUGACUCGGUCUGAGUUCCGGAAGAAGCAUUUGGGGGUUAGAGGCGGGUUUAAGCUUCCCAAGGACGCCAACAAGGCCCCGAUUCUCCCUACAGAAAAUCUCCCGGAGGACUUUGACUGGAGAGACCAUGGCGCUGUUACCCCCGUCAAAAAUCAGGGAUCUUGUGGCUCUUGCUGGAGUUUCAGCGCCACCGGAGCUCUGGAAGGCGCUAAUUUCCUUGCAACCGGCAAACUGGUCAGCCUUAGCGAACAACAGCUCGUCGACUGUGAUCACGAGUGUGAUCCAGAAGAAGCAGGUUCAUGCGACUCUGGUUGCAACGGUGGGCUAAUGAACAGCGCCUUUGAGUACACCCUCAAAACCGGAGGGCUCAUGAGAGAAGAAGACUAUCCUUACACUGGAAAAGAUGGCCCGACCUGCAAGUUAGACAAGUCCAAGAUCGUUGCCUCCGUCUCCAACUUCAGCGUUGUCUCCAUUGACGAGGAACAGAUUGCUGCAAACCUUGUCAGAAACGGACCUCUUGCGGUAGCUAUCAACGCCGCCUAUAUGCAGACUUACAUCGGAGGAGUCUCGUGCCCAUACAUAUGCGCGAGGAGGCUCAACCACGGUGUCUUAUUGGUAGGUUACGGCUCGGCAGGUUACGCUCCGGCUAGGUUCAAGGAGAAGCCUUACUGGAUCAUCAAGAACUCAUGGGGAGAGACUUGGGGUGAGAAUGGUUUCUACAAAAUCUGCAAAGGCCGUAACAUUUGUGGCGUUGACAGUCUUGUCUCCACCGUUGCAGCCACCGUCUCCACCACCGGCAAUUGA